ACUUUAUUAGUAUUUUCUUUUUAAAGUGUGCACUUAGUCUACAUAGAAUUUUUACGACUUUAAUACAAGAAACUUGAUAACGAAACUUGAUAACGAAACUUGAUAACGAAACGUUACGCAACAAUAUUCGAUAUGAUCUGUUUGAACAUAAUGAUUACAGAAAUAUCUAAGGAGCCAUAACUAUCUGUAUUUCAAUAUGCAUUUUUAGUACUGAAAAUAGUUUAUGUUACAUAUAAUGUAGUAUAAGUAAACGUUUUUUUAUUCUCAAUAUAAUUUUUAACACAGUUUCUUACAUAUGUAUGAUAGUAGAGAAUUAUCUUAUUGUUAUGUAUUAUAUUAUAUAAUGAAUGAUACUAAAUCGAAUGACAUUCUGCAUGUAAAUGCACGAAAUUUUGUAGUAAAAAUUAUUAUGUACGAUAGUAGCUAUGGACUAUAAGAAAAAAUUUCAGAGAGUUAUACCGUAAGUACUGUAAUUACCAUAUCAAUUUGAUGAACACAUAGUAACAAUUUUUAUAAUUCUUUCUUCUGCGCUUACUAUUUACCAUAGUGAUUUUUACUAUAAAAUUUUCUCCAUGUGUUUUUAUUCAAUUUUAACAAUGAUAAUAGUACAGAAUAAAUAGGUACUGCAAUUUAUCCACACGAGAUAAGAAAACGUAGAUAGCAAACCGUGCCUAAGCAAAAUAGCGAUAGUUGGAAGUCUUUGACGUAAUGUUACGAAAACUGCAAUUCAUUUUAAAAUAAGGAGAGGAGGGCUGUGUUAUCAGAUACAUUACUACACUUAGUCCGAGUAACUGAUUAAAUAGCUUCUUAGUUAUUCGUUACAACAAUGUCGUAUUAUUUUAUUUUACCGUUUCUUGUUUGUUGUAUUUUAAUAGGAUUUGUGACAGCGUCGAAAUCAUUGUCGAUUUUAGUGAUAGAACCUCUUGCAUCUUCAAGUCAUCAUGUUUGGACAGUGAAUUUAAUUAAAGGAUUACUUCGCAAAAGCCAUCAUGUACACGUAGUGAGCAUACAUGAGACCAAGAUCGAUGGCAAACUCUCGCAGAACUUGACAUCCGCUGUUUUUGAUGGUUUAAUGGAAUCUUAUGAAGAAUCCGAGGAUCGUUCUGAAUGGGAAGACUACAGUGUACUUUAUAUGACGUAUUUUAUAUAUGAGUGGAGCAUUCAUAAAUGUAACACAAUAAUAAAAACUAAAGCAGCAGAAGAGCUUUUGGAAACGAUUAAAACUGUUGAAUUUGACGUUAUAGUGCAUGACAUUACUCUAGAUCAAUGUUUCUACGGAUUAUGGGAAAUUGCUAAAGGUAAACCACCUGUAGUAGGAUUUAUUCCGUAUGGCUCUGCACCUUGGCUUAAAGAUUAUAUCGGUGGUUUUCAUUAUCCAACUGUCCGGACUUAUCCAAUAAUCUCGACAAAACCCGUUAAUUUGUGGCAGAGAACAUUAAAUGUUUUAUAUUACAUUGCGGAUGAUCUUAUGCGAUAUUAUUAUUAUAUGCCCAUUAUUCAACGGCUCGCUGAGGAAUACGUAGGCCAUGCGAUUAGGCCAUUACGUGAAAUAGAAAAAGACAGUAUUAAUAUGGUAUUAAUUAAUACUCAUUCUUCAUUUGAGCCUGGGAUUCCCUUGCCGCCAAACACUCUAGAAAUUGCAGGAUUGAAUGCCCAAACUGUGGAAUCGAUUGCCAAUGAAAUAGUUGUAAUGUAUCCUGAGAAUAUACGCGUGUUUCUUGAUGAAGCAAAGAAUGGAGCCAUUAUAAUAUCGUUAGGAACAAAUGUGAAAUGGAAAUUUAUCGGGCUAGACAAGAUUAAAGUUGUUAUAUUGGCUUUGGCAAAAUUGAAGCAACGAGUACUAUGGAAAUUAGAUAUUGAAGUGCCGUUUCAAAUACCGAACAAUUUAAUGAUUAUGAAAUGGAUACCACAAAAUGAAGUUUUAUCUCAUAAAAAUGUAAAAGCAAUUUGGACACACGGUGGUCUUCUCAGCACGCAGGAAGCCAUUUGGAAAGGUAUACCACUAAUCGUAAUGCCUUUUUUUAUGGAUCAAAAAUCCAAUGCACAAAUGUUAGUAGCUAAAGGCGUUGGUAUAUAUUUGGAUAUUAAAACUUUGUCCAUGCAAACUAUAAUACACGCAAUUGAAGAAAUAAUUUACAAUGAAAGUUAUACGAGAAACAUGAAACAAUUAUCCACCGAAUUUCGGGAUCGUCCAAUACCGCCGUUAGAUUUAGCUAUUUGGAGUAUCGAAUACUCUGUUCGUUAUCCAAAUGGAAGUUUAGCAACACCUCUUAGAUCUCAGAGCUGGAUGGAACAAAAUCUAAUCGACGUUUAUGCAUUUUUAUUUUUUAAUAUUAUCAUAAUAUUGUUAAGUGUAUUUUUUAUUAUAAAGAUACUAAUCAAUUUUUGUUUUAAUUAUAUAUACAUGACAUCUAAAUUAAGUAAAAAGAAACAAGCAUAAGUCUUUGAAAAUUAACAGUCGCAUACAACUAUUUUUACACCGUAAAAGACAUCCUCAUUGGCGCCUUUUUUAUUAAUAAAUAAAUACAAUAAAGUAAUAAAUAUAAAUAAA